UUUUGUGUUAUAAAAAUCCAAAUACGAAAUUAUAGAAAGUUUUGAGCAAUAAUUACAAAAUUUUUUUAAAAGAGUUCCAGGGCAAUAUUUUUAAGCCGAAAAGACACUCACUUUUAUACAAAAGAGUCCAUAGUUCAUCCCAACGUGCGCCGUCAGAGCCAUUAGCCAUUAGCCAUUUCGGUGACACAACACUAUGCCGCUAUUUUCGAAAAAAGCACCAAAAUUCGGUAGAACAGACUCCGAUCCAGCGACUAAUGCCGCUUCCACUGUCGCCGGUGGUAGCUCAACAUAUAACGAUAACAACAACACCUCGUCAAGCAACGGCAAAACCACGACAAUGAAUGGUACCAACGCGAGCUCGCGCAUCGAUCCAUAUAUACCGAAACCACAAUUGAUAUUCCACUGUCAGCUGGCGCAUGGCAGUCCAACGGGUUUGAUAACCGGUUUUGCGAGUGUACGUGAACUCUAUAAAAAGAUCGCCGAAUGCUAUGAUAUACCUGUUGAAGAAAUACUUUUCUGCACUCUGAAUUCACACAAAGUCGAUAUGACCAAACUGUUGGGCGGUCAGAUUGGUUUGGACGAUUUCAUAUUCGCACAUCGAAAGGGUCGACCGAAAGAGAUUGAGAUUAUCAAAUCAGAAGAUGCGCUGGGCCUUACUAUAACAGACAAUGGCGCGGGUUAUGCCUUUAUAAAGCGUAUCAAGGAAGGUUCGGUGAUUGAUCGGAUCGAACACAUUAGCGUCGGCGAUCACAUUGAAAAGCUGAACGAUGUAACUAUGGUAGGUAAGCGGCACUAUGAGGUGGCGCGCCUGCUAAAGGAUAUACCCACAGGCACCACAUUCACACUGCGUCUCGUGGAGCCGAUGAAGAGCGGCUUUCAAGGUAUCGGCCCGCGUACACAAUCGAGAGCGCCGUCGGGACGUGGCUAUGGCAGUGGCAAGGAGACGUUGCGAUUUAAGGCGAACGGCAAUGUGGAGAUCGAGGAUAAAUUUGAUGAAUCGACGCAAUCGGGCAUUGAGGCGAUCAACAAUUUGUUGGAAUCGUUUAUGGGCAUAAAUGACACCGAACUGGCGACACAAAUAUGGGAUUUGGGUGCCAAUAAAUCCAAUUCCAUGGACUUUGCGGAGGCUAUUGAUAAUUCCGAUCUGGAAUCGUUCGGAUUUACAGAUGAUUUUAUUAUCGAACUGUGGGGUGCUGUAACAGAUGCCAGACGCCGGAAGACGGCGAAGAACUAAAAAAGUGCCUACAUGCAUAUGUAUGUGUGUAUGUGUGAACUGCUCGAUUUUCACGAGGCGUAACGAGUGUGCCGGAGUAGAGUAGAGUAAAAGCGGCGUCGUAGACAUGAAGUUGAAAGAAAUGAGUUAAAUUGAAAAUGAGUAUUGUUGAAAAGAAAAUUGUGGUUAUUUUCACUAUUUCGAAACACCGGUGGCAUAUCAAUGUAUUUAUUUUAAAAUGUAAUAAAUGCGCAUUUCGUUAGUUAUACCUACAUACAUACAUAUAUACAUAAUAUAAUUAUUGAUAUUUUUGUUUAAUAUUAGAAAUUGAAAAUUAAUGUACUGUCUUGGAGCACAAAAGGCAAUUAUUUCUCUUGCGUACUAGUAAAUUGUCAUUGCCAAUUUGUAUACAUUUACACAUGCAUAUGUACAUGCGUGAAUGAACGUAUAUAUUAUUUUAUUCAACUAAAUAUA